AUGAAUAAGGUUUUGAUAAGGGUUGAGAAAAAGCAUUUGAUGUCGUUCAGAGGUGGAAGAGGCGGAAAUAGAGGUGGACGUGGUGGAAGAAGCGAUUUCCAUAACAGAGAUCAAGCACCACAAGGUGCUUUUAUUCCAUUUGGGAAGUAUUUGCACUCAGCAGAAAACAUUCUGAUUUUCAAAGCAACAUCGCUUGAGAAAUACCCUGCAUUCAAUGCUAUUGUUUUCAAUGAAUCGAAGAAAGAGCUUGGAAAGGUUGGUGAAGUGUUUGGGCCACUUGAUGAUUACUACUUUUCAGUUGUCCCAGCUGAAGGCGUCAAGGCUGAUGGAUUCAAACAAGAUGACCCAAUCUUCCUGUACGACGACAAAUUGUUCACAACAGAGAGAUUGAAAAACCCACCACCACCACGAAGAGGCGGUGCGCCACGUGGCGGCAGAGGAGGAGGAAGAGGCGGAUUCUCAUCACGCGGAGGAAGCGGAUUUGGGAAUAGAGGCGGUCGUGGUGGCAGAGGCGGAUUUGGUGAUCGCAAUGGCAGUGACAGAAGCAGCGGAUUUGGAGGCAGAGGCGGAAGAGGUGGAUUUGGAAACCGAGACUCUCGCCCAAGAGACUCGAAUCGUGGUGGACACUAA